AUGCUGACCGCGCUCGGCCAGCCCGCCCUGCCCGGGCUCCCGGGGCGGCUGUCCGCGACACCCGCGCGGCGCCAGGACUCCUCGGGUUCCUCCGGCUCCUACCACACGGCUCCAGGUUCCCCAGAGACCCCGGGCGUGGGGGCGGACGCGGAGGGCCGGGCAGGGUGGCCCCGGGUGGCCCCUGCGCCGGGGGCGGGCGCGCAGCCUCGCCUGUCCGUCAGCGCCCAGAAUAGCCGCCAGCAGCCCGCGCCCGGCUCGGGUUUCCCGCAGGGCCCGGGCUCGGACCCGCGGCCGGCCGCACCCCAGCUGCGCACACUGCCGUCGGGGGAGAUGGAGGUCAUCUUCAACGCCGGGCCCCUCUUCCGCCGCGCCGACGCCGCGGAGAGCGAGGCGCCCUUGCCCACCGCGCCGGCCUUCUGCAGCGUCUCCCCGCCCCGGACCGGCUCUCCCGACCCCGCCGCGCCGCAGCCCCCGGGCCCCGACGGCGGCUCCCGCUGGGCCACUUACCUGGAGCUGCGGCCCGCCGCGCCGAGCCCGGCCACGCCGACGCAGUUCGAGUGCGUGGAGGUGGCGCUGGAGGAGCGGGCCGCCCCCGCGAGAGCCCGGACGGUGCCCAAGCGGCAGAUCGAGCUGCGUCCUCGGGCCCGGAGCCCGCCGCGGGAGGCCAGCGAGCCCAACCCGCGCCUGCUGCUGCGCACCGGCUCCCUGGACGAGUCUCUGGGCCGCCUGCAGGCCGCCGCCAACCUCGUGCAGACGGCGCUGGCCAGAAAACUGGGCCCCGCGCCCCUGGCCCCGUGCGCCGCUGCCUGCCAGCCCGCGAGGCGGCCGGAGCCCGACAGCCAGGAAGCGGCGCGCGGCGGCCCCCGAGUGGCCCCGGAGCACGCCAGGCCUCGGCUGCCCCGGGCGCUUGACAGCUCAGCCCCGGUCAGGGCCCCCAGACCGUGGCCCAGCCUCCGGGAGCGGGCCAUUCGGAGAGACAAGCCCGCGCCUGGCACCGAGCCGCUGGGGCCAGUGAGUUCCAGCAUCUUCCUGCAGUCGGGAGAGAAGACCCACGCGGCACAAGGCCAGCAGCUGCUGAAGGCGCGGCUCCCCCGGGAGAGCCGAGAUCGGACCUUCCCGAGCUCACAGAGUCCGCCUUUGGAGACGCGGGAGCCCUGGGAGGUGCCCAGGAAAGCCGUGAGCCCGCUGCGCCAGGCUCCGAACGGCACGGCGCGCGGCCCCCAACACUUGCCACCGUGGAACCGAGCCGCGCGCAGGGUGAGUGACCCGCCGCUCCCCGAGCCCGAAGCAGAAGCCUCCGCCGUGGAAGACACGGCCAGCAGCAGGAGCCCGUCCCCUCCUGCUUUCUCCCCGUGGCCGCAAGAUGUCACCGGGGCCCACAGCCCGUCCCUCGAAUCCCCUUCCCCGUGGGAGGCCGCGCAUCCUCUAGCAGGAGCGCACACACAGGCGGGGAGCAGAAGCCCUUCCCCGUCCCCGCCAGCCUUGUCCUCCUGGGAGGCUGCGCAGCAUCCUGCAGAGACGUGGCAGUCGGGAGACCCUGAUGCGCAGAGCCCCCCUGCAGUGUCUCGGCGGGAAGCCCUGAACGGCUCCGCCCGCGUGGAGGUGGCGCUGACCAAACCCGGGGCCGUCGAGUCCACGACGCUUCCGAGCCCGUCCUCGCGGGAAAUGCGCACUCUUGGCACCCAGAGAUUGCCGGAGAGAGCUGUGCCCGAGCUGCCCCUCGAGCGCCUGGCGGAUACCCUGGAAGGCAACGAGCGCUCCAAAGACUGGGGUCCUGAAGAAGCGGCCCCGGGGCGCAAGCGCGUGGCCAUCCCGCGACCCCGUGACGUGCGCCAGAUGCUGAAGACCACCUACGCGCCCAGCUUCUCCGUGGGGCCCCAGGGCUCCGGGCACCCGGCGCCUCCAGCGGACCCCGUUGUCACCGAGGAGAACGGCGCCUCCAAAACCCCGGAGCUCCCGGCCUCGGGGAUGCCCGCCCCGGCCCACUACACUUCUGUGUUCCUCAAGGAUUUUCUGCCCGUCGUGUCGCACCCGUACGAGCCUCCGGAACCGACGCACGACCCGGUCCCCAGGGACACCAUGCAGCCCAACGGCGGCGUCCCGCGGCGCAGAGCGGAGAACAGCACGGCCAAGCCUUUCGCGCGCACCGAGAUCCGCCUGCCCGGUGCCUUGGCGCUGGGCCGCCCGCCGGACGGCGUCGAGAACCGCGCUGCAGAGCACCGGCGCCCGGUCCCUGACGGCGAGGGUGGUCGCUCCUCGCCCCAGCGGCCGCCCCGUCCCGGCUCCCCGCAGGGGAGAGCCGCCCGUCCUGAAGCCAGUCCCACAGCCCCAGAGCCGCUCUCAAGGGAGCCCCGAGCGGGCCACGGAGCAGCAUCGACCCCGCCGCAGCCGCAGCCCCGCGCGGCCUCGGCGCCUCCCGCUGACGGUGCCCGCGAAGGCCGGUCGUUGGGGCCUGCCAGGCCGCCGGGGGCCACGGCGCCCGGGAAGGUCCUGGUGGACCCGGAGAGCGGCCGUUACUACUUCGUGGAGGCGCCGCGGCAGCCUCGGCUGCGGCUGCUCUUCGACCCUGAGAGCGGGCAGUACGUGGAGGUGCUGCUGCCGCCCUCGCCCCCGGGGCCCUCGCGCCGCGUCUACACCCCGCUGGCGCUGGGCCCCGGCCUCCUCCCGCCCGCCUACGGGCCCCUGGCCGGCCUCCCUCUGCCGCCCGGCCCGGCCUCACCGGCCUUCAGUGGCCACCAGCUCCCCUGGGCCUCGGAGGGUGGGCCCCUGGACGGGAUGUACUACCUGCCAGUCAGCGGGACCCCCAGCCCCGCGCCUCCUUUGUUCCUCUGCGCACCGCCUCCCAGCUCCGGGCCCGCGCCGCUGAGCAAAGCUUCGGUGUUCCCCGUGUGA